AUGACAGAUAUGCACCCAAAAGCUGCGCACCCAAAAGAGUUCCUCGAGAGCAAAUGGAAGCAUGCCUUCACAACAUUUUUCGAUUUGGAUCGAAAUGGACUUAUUGAAUGGAAAGAUUUCAAAGAUCUGAUUGAGGUUAUCGGAGAAGUUCGUGGUCGCCGUUCCGACGUCUUCAUGACCGCACGCCUGUGUCUUCCAGAUAUUUGGCAGAAAAUGACCGAAGCAAUCGGAAAGGAAGAGGAAGACAUUAUCACCCUAUCCGACUGGAUUCAACUUUGCGAAUCAUCGAGAAAAUUGGCUCGUGAGCCGGCUUGGCAGAAGGCGUACGUUGAGUACAUGUUUAAGCUUCUGGAUGAAUCGGAACAAUAUAUGAGAUUGGUGUCAUUUUCAGGAGAUCAUCUUGUGGAUCAGGCGGAAUAUGUUCAAGUGCUCGGAUACUUUGGAGUCAAUAGAAAAGAUUCGAGUCAUUGCUUUGAUCAAUUCGCAUUUAAUCAUCAGGGUCAGUUGAUUCAUGCUAUCGACAAGAAGAAGUUCCAUGUUCUCUGGAAACAGUUUUUCCAUUCUGAAGACCCCGCGUCCCCUGGAAAUUGGCUUCUAGGAAAGAAAUACAAAACUCAAGAAUGA